AUGAGAUGAUACCUUGAAAUUUGUGACAUCGAAUUUAACCAAAAAUAAGCAUUUGGUGGUAGUUAUCAUCUAUCUAUUUCCAUGCCAUGGAAGUUACUCCUCUCUCUUCCCCUUCUCCAAUCCAUCGUCUCCAUCUCCGUCACAAAGAAGCGAGAUUCUUGGCGGUGCCUUCUACCCUCUUGUGUACUCGUAGAGGAACAACAACUUAUGUACACCCAAUUUUGAGGACUUCACAUAACUGUCAGUCUCCUCCAUGUAGCUUGCAAGCAAUCUCCAAGAAGCAUGAAAAUGUGUCGUGGUUAUCUGUUAGUCCUAAAUUGCAUGUUCAGAAUAAAUUCCCGAGAGAUGUAGUUGUAAGAUCUGAACUUACUGCUGCUGGGUCUGCUGGAGAUGGCUAUUUGCUACCUGAGCUGAAAUUGGAAUCUAAAGUCAGGGGAGUUUGUUUUUAUGUUGUCACUGCCUUUUCUGCCAUAUUUCUUUUUAUGCUGAUGCUGGUUGGGCAUCCAUCAGUGCUCCUGUUUGAUCGCUACAGAAGAAUGUUCCAUCAUUUUGUUGCCAAAGUAUGGGCUGCACUGACUGUAGCGCCAUUUUACAAAAUUGAAUUUGAGGGAUUGGAGAAUCUGCCACCUCCAGAUACUCCUGCUGUGUAUGUUUCGAAUCAUCAGAGUUUUCUAGACAUAUAUACUCUUCUUACUUUAGGAAGAAGCUUUAAGUUCAUAAGCAAGACUGGGAUAUUCCUCUUUCCAAUAAUUGGGUGGGCAAUGUUUCUUUUGGGUGUCAUCCCUUUGAAGCGCAUGGACAGCCGAAGCCAGCUGGACUGUCUUAAACGAUGCAUGGAUCUUAUCAAGAAAGGAGCCUCUGUUUUUUUCUUUCCAGAGGGAACACGCAGUAAAGAUGGAAAGCUAGGCACAUUCAAGAAGGGUGCUUUCAGUGUUGCUGCAAAGACAAAUGCACCAGUUGUACCAAUUUCCCUUAUUGGAACUGGUCAAAUCAUGCCUGCAGGAAAGGAGGGUAUAGUGAACCUAGGUUCUGUGAAAGUGGUUAUUCAUAAACCUAUUGUUGGAAAGGAUCCUGAUAUGUUAUGCAAAGAAGCUAGGAAGACAAUAGCAAGUGUGCUGACUCAGAGCUGAGAAAUAUACUGCAAAUGAGUUCUUUUAAUUUCAGUUGCAAGAGACUGAAAGCCCACCCUUUGCCAUGAAGUGCACUGAGAAGUCAUGCUUUGCUCAGGUGGAACUAUCUUGAUUGAUGUUGGAGCACCUGACAUUUUUAGGAGGAUUUUUGUUUUUUUUUUUUUUUGGGGGGGGGGGGGG